UGUCUGCUGUAGUUUUGUUUUAAUUAUGGAUGAAGAGUCUGAAGAAUAUGCAAUGUAUCAUGCCGUCCUAAAACACUUAAAAUUUGUUUCUAGCAUUUUUUGGAGUUUCCCUCUGACAACAUUUUCCAAAUAUUUUGCUGGUGAUACGUCGGAUUCAACAUCAAAGUUGGAAAUUUAUUUAACAUUUUUCGCUCUCUCCAUCUUAUUGUUUUUAUUUUACCAUGCAGGAGACUUGCUUCGAAGGCUUUUUCGCAGAUUAUUUUCACACCGAAUACAGAAAAGAUUAAUAUUUGAUUCAUAUGAUUUAUUGAAAGAACGUGACACAUGGGAACUCAUAAAAGACGAUUCUUGCGUGUAUGCUAUGAAAGGACGUAGAAAUAGAAUGGAAGAUAGAUUUAGUGUUAUGUCUGACAAAGAAACUGGAAUAUUUUUAUAUGGGAUUUUCGAUGGCCAUGGAGGCGAGUUUGCUGCUGAUUUUGUAGAGAAGCAUCUGUUUAAAGAAUUGCUGAAAAAGUUACAAACUGCAGUGAGGAGUGAAAAAACAGAGAAGAAUAGCCUUGGUCCAGAAUUUGUAAAGCUUUUAACUAAAGAAAUUUUAGAAGUUGAUUUGAAGCUCCUAAUCAAGGUGAAAGCCUCAAAAGAUGUUGCUGGUACAACAGCUUUAGUAGCAAUCAUUUAUAAAAAUGAAUUAAUAGUUGCAAAUGUAGGAGAUUCUAGGGGUGUAAUCUGUGAUUCAAAAGGAAAUACUAUACCUUUGUCCUUUGAUCAUAAGCCUGAUCAGCUGAAAGAGAGGCGUCGCAUACGAGAAGCUGGAGGGUUCAUCUCUUUCAAUGGUGUUUGGAGGGUUGCCGGAAUUCUUGCGACAUCCAGAGCCCUGGGUGACUUUCCCCUCAAGGAUAGGAAUCUGGUGAUCGCAAAUCCUGACAUCUUGACUUUUGAUUUGACUACAUUGAAUCCCCAGUUCAUGAUCCUUGCAACAGAUGGUCUCUGGGAUACCUGUAGCAAUGAAGAUGCCAUUGCUUUUGUCAAAGAUAAUAUCAAAAAUGACAGGUAUAAAGGUGCUAAAAAUUUAGCUUUAAAAGCUCACAAAAGUGGCUCCAUGGACAAUAUAACAGUAGUAGUAGUAGAUUUUUCUAACAGAGAAAUAUCUUGACGUUGAGCGUAAUAUAUUUUUCUUCUCAUUUACAUACUAAGCUUUAACACAAAUGUUAAUGUGGCAUUUAUGCAACUGGUCCAGAGGUUGAGGAAUCUAGUACUUUUUUCAAGAAUAAGCCCCCCCCCCCAAAAAAAAAUAACAAUAAAUAAUUAAAUAAAUAGAAUAAAAAAGUUUAAAAAAAAAAAACAUUUUUUCAAAGAAAAUAUUUGGAAAUCAUCCCAGAACAAAACAAGAUUUUAGAAUGCAUUUUAAUUUUGACUCUAUGAACUAUGGAAAUAAAGAGUUUCAAAAGUUUUUUUUUUUUUGUCAUGCCUAAGAGUGGUCUCUCAAAGCUAGGACAUAUUAAAUACCUACCCAACAGCAUAUUAAAGUAUGUUUUGGUUCAGUAACACUCAUCUUUUGUGCUUAAACAAACUUAAAAUUACUUCUUUAUCUCAUUUUAUUUUGGUGAAGCCGAAAUAAUUUCUGCUUUAU